CUGUGAUUUGAAUUGUAAUUUUUCGAAAAUGACUAACAUUGGUAUUUUCUAUUAGUGAACAUGAAAGAGUAUUUCAAAAUUCGCCUAAAUCUCCUGACCUUUUUGUACUUUUCAAGGUUCGAUAAUUGGCGGUCGUUUUGACUCCAGAAAUUUCUACCAAGGACAAAGGGCAUGGAUCGUGCCCCGGCAGCAUAUGAGACUACAUAUGAAACUAGGUACGAAACAACAGACGUUUCGUCAGUCAUCAACGUUGGUUUCGUACGGAGUUUAAGUGGAAUAUUGAAGCUUUGUCAAAUUCUACUGAGUUGUAUUGUACUCAUUUGUGUCGCUGCUACUUCAUACUGGUCAAUACACUCGUCCGGUGGAUGGGUAAAUUUCGUUGCAGCUACCACUUUGAUAUGUGCAUCAGUUUUCUACAUAUUUUAUCUAUUCAAUCUUAUCAGGAAAUUGCCAGGUCCGUGGAUUAUAAUUGAGUUUUCUGUGCUACUGAUAUGCACCUUCUUUUGGUUUAUAACGUUGAUCGUUGCAGCGGCUCAUCACUCGAAAGGUUCUGGUGCUAUAGCUGCGGCUGUAUUUUCAGCAAUCGCUCUUGCGGUUUACAUCACAGAAUUAGCCACUCGAUUCCGAUGUGAACGCAGAGGUAAUGGCUUCAUUAUCACAAUGACUGGUGUAAUGACUACACAUGCAACACGUGGUCCGCCUACAUUUGCUCAAUCAGCUCCAGGACAUAUGCCAGCUGAGUCAGCAGAUCCACAUAUUGGAUUUUCAGGAGCUUAUGCACCAGGUGAACGUGCGGAUGAAGGUUAUAUAAUGCCAUAAUAACUUGUGUAUUACACUUGGAUUAUUUGUUUACCUCCACUACCCACAUUAUGUGAGAAUCUCUUCACAUCCUCUCAAACUGUCAUUAGGCUCCUUAAUCUAUAUACAUAUAAUUGUAUGAUUGUGCUUCUGUUUGGCAUAUAUGGAUUGUUACUUACCAAGUUUGUAUGUUUGGAGCUGAUGAAAUAGACAAUAAAGCACUACAACUCACACAAAAACAGUUAUUACUAACACUUAUUAUUACUAUGAAUUGCAUCAUUUAUGUGUAUAUUAUCUUGGUUUAUUGUUUAAUCUGCCUAUUGUAUCUGAUAUAAUUUCAGUUGAAUUUUGAAGCGUGUCCGUUGCUUUUUUGCGUAUUUCUUGCUAGCCAGAUAGAUAGUGUUUCAAUUACCUCUUGUUUCCACUUCUUUGUUUUUUUGAUGAUACAGCCGACUAUAGUCAAAUUCUUGCUCGCUAUUUCAUGCCUAUCCAUGCUCCUUUCCUCUUUGCCUCUUUUACUAUUGCAACAGUUCCGCUUUUACCUUGUUUUCCUCUUCAGCUGAUCAUACGUGUGUUUCCUGCAUUGCCUACUCCUCAACGCAAGUAUUUGUGUUUGUAUCAGUUUUAUGUCUAUUCGAUUGUUGUGUUGGUUUUUGUAUUACCUUUCAAUAUCCUAUUUUUAUUCAAUCAAUCAGCAUAUAAAUUUGGAGAAUGAUUAUCAUCAGUAAAAGUUGUGAAUUGUUCCCUAAAUGUGUGUUAUAACUUAUUAUUUAAAAUGGAAUAUAACUAAAUAUACAUAUACAUGAGCA